GCACACUCAUUCACUCAUUUGCGCACCGCUCCAAACGUACACGCAAGGCCGUGCGCGCACGAGUACGACCGCGUACGCGCAGGGGCUUAAGGUUGGCUGUGGUGGAGGCCGUGGGAGAGAGGGAGGGAGGGAGGCAGGGGGGGGGUCGCGCUGCCUGUCUGGUGAAGGGGUUCCUGAUCAAAGCGCUCCGGGGCCGCUCAUUCUCCGCUGGAGGGCGAGUGGAACGGGAGCACCGGGACGCUCCGGGACAGCGCAGAGCCACUCCGGGCGGAGGAAGAGAAAUCCCGAGCCGUACUCCGCCGAGCAUCACCCCCUCCCGCGCUGCCGCCGGAUCAAAGCGUUCCUCAGAACACCGACAUCACGCGAAGACAUGAGCUUCUCCCUCUGAACAGAACGGAUGCUGAACUGAUCAUUUGGGUGCUGUCCAGAGUCUCCCGCUCUGCAGUUUUUCUGUGCCUGUGCCAGUCACCUGGUUUGUGAGCAGCCAUGACCAAGUGCUACGAGUUUAACUGGCAGAAGCACCUGCCCGAGUUCAUGCAGGAAGGAGCCUCCUUUGACAGAUUCGAUGAGGACCCGUACCUUUUUGAGCCCAACUGUCUCGUGAGGGUGGAUGAGUUUGGCUUCUUCAUCACCUGGAAGAAUGAGGGAAAGGAGGGUCAGGUUCUUGAGUGUUCCUUGAUCAACAGCAUUCGGGUUGGAGCCGUCCCAAAGGACCCAAAGAUCCUGUCUUCGUUUGAGAGCAUUGGGAAGACGGAGGCAGAUCUGGAGGGGUGCAUCAUCUGCAUCUGCAGCGGGGCCGACCUGGUCAACCUCAGCUUCAUGUUCAUGGUAGCAGACAAUCCCGAAACAGCCAGGAAGUGGAUCGAAGGUUUGAGGUCGGUUAUCCACAACUUUAAAGCCAACAAUGUUUGUCCAAUGACAUGCUUAAAGAAACAUUGGAUGAAAAUGUGUUUCCUGACAAACAUAAAUGGAAAGAUUCCUGUGAGAGGCAUUACACGAACAUUCGCAUCAGGAAAGACGGAGAAAGGGAUCUUCCAGGCUCUGAAGGAUCUUGGCCUCCCCAGUGGAAAGAAUGACGAGAUCGAACCUUCAGACUUCACUUUUGACAUGUUUUACGCCCUGACGCAGAAGAUCUGCCCCCGCACAGACAUAGAGGAGCUCUUCAAGAAAAUCAAUGGGAACAAAACUGAUUAUUUAACUGUAGACCAUUUAGUCAGCUUUCUGAAUGAAAACCAACGGGACCCCAGGCUAAAUGAGAUUCUGUUUCCAUUCUACGACCCGAAGAGAGCCAUGCAGAUCAUUGAAAAAUAUGAAAGAGAUGAAGAACUGAAGAAGAAAGGCCGCAUGUCCAGUGACGGAUUCUGUCGAUAUCUAAUGUCUGACGAAAAUGCUCCGGUGUUCCUGGACCGGCUGGAGCUGUAUCAAGAAAUGGACCAGCCGCUGGCGCACUACUUCAUCAGCUCCUCCCACAACACGUAUCUGACAGGCAGACAGUUUGGAGGGAAGUCGUCCGUGGAGAUGUAUCGGCAGGUUCUUCUGUCUGGAUGCAGAUGUGUGGAGCUGGACUGCUGGGAUGGCAAAGGAGAAGACCAGGAACCCAUCAUUACUCAUGGCAAGGCCAUGUGCACAGACAUCCUGUUCAAGGACGUCAUCCAGGCCAUCAAGGAGACGGCUUUCGUCACGUCAGACUAUCCGGUCAUUUUAUCCUUUGAAAAUCACUGCAGUAAGCCACAACAGUACAAGAUGGCCAAGUACUGCGAGGAGAUCUUUGGAGACCUGCUCCUCAAACAGCCUCUGGAGAGCCACCCUAUUGAACCUGGACGGCCCUUACCCUCCCCAAAUGACCUGAAGAGGAAAAUUCUCAUAAAGAACAAGCGGUUAAAACCCGAAGUAGAACAGAAGCAAUUCGAGGCCUUUAAAAAGCACAUGGAGGCAGGAGAGACCAACACCCCCGCCAUCAUCAUGGGAGAGGAGGACGACGUGGAGAACGGUGAAAAAGAAGGCGAGGAGAAAGACUUGAACUCAGAGGCUCCCAGCUGUCUUUCAGAGAUGACCAGCGUGAAGGAGGCCAACGACGUUUCCUUAAAAGAGACCGUCAGCUUGAAGAAAGAAGAACAAAGCAACAGCAUCAAGAAGGUUCCUGAACAUGACGGAACAGAAAUGUCGGAAGCCACCGACGCCACUGACAUCUCUGAAGCCUCUGACCAGGACAACAAGAAGGCAGGAGAAGUGGCCGAGGACUCCGAGGAGGCUCUGAUAGCUCAGUACACCUAUGAGGGAGCCACCACAAACAUCCACCCGUUCCUCUCAGCCAUGGUCAACUACGCACAACCCGUCAAGUUCCAGAGUUUUGACGUGGCGGAAGAGAGGAACAUCCACUAUAACAUGUCGUCUUUUAACGAGUCGGUGGGGUUGGGUUACCUGAAGACAAACGCCAUCGAGUUUGUCAACUACAACAAACGUCAGAUGAGUCGUAUCUACCCCAAAGGAGGCCGGGUGGACUCCAGCAACUACAUGCCUCAAAUCUUCUGGAACGCAGGCUGCCAGAUGGUCUCUCUCAACUUCCAGACCCCAGAUCUGGCCAUGCAGCUGAACCAGGGAAAGUUUGAAUACAACGGCUCGUGCGGCUACCUGCUCAAGCCAGACUUCAUGCGGCGGUCAGACAGGAUGUUUGACCCUUUCUCUGAGACGCCGGUGGACGGCGUCAUCGCAGCAACCUGCAGCGUUCAGGUGUUCUCUGGGCAGUUCCUGUCUGACAAAAAGAUCGGCACGUACGUUGAAGUGGACAUGUAUGGACUUCCGACCGACACCAUCCGGAAGGAGUUCCGCACACGCAUGGUGAUGAACAACGGACUGAACCCCGCCUACAACGAGGAGCCCUUUGUCUUCAGAAAGGUAAUCCUGCCGGAUUUGGCGGUGCUGCGCAUCGCCGUCUACGACGACAACAACAAGCUGAUCGGCCAGCGCAUCCUGCCCCUGGACGGCCUGCAGGCCGGCUACCGCCACAUCUCCCUGAGGAACGAGGGCAAUAAGCCGCUGUCGCUUCCCACCGUUUUCUGCCAAAUCAUCCUCAAGACCUACGUGCCCGACGGCUUUGGAGCCAUCGUGGACGCUCUGUCCGACCCAAAGAAGUUCCUGACCAUCGCAGAGAAGAGAGCAGACCAGAUGAAGGCUUUGGGGAUUGACACGAAUGACAUUGCGGAUGUCCCCAGUGGAAACUCAAAGAAUGACAAGAAAGGGAAGGGUAAAGGAGACACGGUGAAAACCAGCGUGACCCCCCAGGCCAGCUCCGACAUGGCCCAGACCUCCAACUCAGCGCAGAACAACACGUCCGAGAGCAAAAAGGAUGCUACACUAGUGCCUAAUGCGAGCAUUGAGGAUUUAAAACAAACCAAGGCCUACCUGAAGCUGAUGAAAAAGCAGCAGAAGGAACUCAACGCUUUAAAGAAGAAGCAUUCAAAGGAGCAAAAUACAAUGCAGAAAGCCCACUGCACCCAGGUGGACAAGAUGGUGUCGCUGCACGAAAAAGAGAAGUCAACUCUGGAGAAGCUCCUGGAAAAGGCCUUCAAGAAACGAGGUGAGAAUAACUGCCAGGAGUUGAAGAAGGAGACAGAAGACAAGAUCCAAACGCUUGUUACAGAGCAUAAAGCAAAGGUGAAGGAAAUCACCGCCCAGCACACUAAGGAGUGGUCCGAGCUGAUCAGCGGCCACAGCAACAAGGAGCAGGAGAUGAAGGACGGUCACGUCAUGCAGCAGUGUGAGGUCCUCAAGAAGCUGCUGAACAACAACCAGGAGCAGCAGACGUCGCAGCUGAAACUCAUCCACGAGAGGCAGAGUAAAGAGAUGCGAGCCAACCAGGCCAAAGUCUCCAUGGAAAACAGCAAAGCCAUCAACCAGGACAAGACCAUAAAGAACAAGGCGGAGCGGGAAAGGAGAGUCCGGGAGUUAAACAGCAGCAACACCAAGAAAUUCCUGGAUGAGAGGAAACGGCUUGCGAUGAAGCAUCAGAAGGAGAUGGAGCAGCUGGAGAAAAACCAGAGAGAGCAGUUGGAGAAACUGGAGAAGUUCAAUGAGCAGCUUUUGAAAUCACAUCAUGCAAACAAACAGGGUAAAGGCCAAGGACAUCCAGCAGAUGAUGAAGUUAGAGGAGGAGAUGGACCGCAGACCUGCCACGGUGGUGUGAGCGACUGAGACACCAGCGCACACACCAACACUCUCCGACACGCUCGCGCAGGUUACAGAGGCGCUUUCCCCCCCAGGACGCCCUCUGAAGAGUCCAGAGAGGAAAUCAUCUGAAAAUAACACCCACUUUGUCCUUUUUUUAUUUAUUUUUUUUCCUUCUGCUUACAAGUCACCUUUGCUGCUCUUUCAUUUCCUCAUAAAACCAAACUUUUUUGCCACUGAGCCAUUGCUGCUUAACGCUAGAGGGGUUAACCACUCAUGGAGACAGGAAACGUUGAGGUAAACUCCUUCACCAGACUGCACCGUUAGUCAAAAAAAAAAAACAGCUUCUGUUUUGGUAGAUUUUUGGAACCCUGCACAGAAUCGGUCCAGGAGAGCAAAGAGGGUGUAUAAAAUAUCUGUAUUUUCUGCACAAACGGAAUAAACGUGGAGCGAUAACACUGUACACAACACUCCUGUCCUGAGCACUUUUCUAUGUGAUAGUUUGUCAGAAAAAGAUGUGGAAAAUGUAGCACUACUGUAGGUUCUCUGGUCGUUUUUGUUUGUUUGUUUGUUUUUCAUUAUGAAUGUAUUUAAAGAAGAAAGUUUGAUUUACUGUGUGAUAGUGGUGAAUCCCCCCCGGCCACCUUUUUUUUUUUAAUUAGAUCACUACAAGACUAAGAUUUUGAAAAUUCUUUAGAGGUGAUAAAUGGAAACUUUUGCACUUGAAUCCUGAAAAAAGUCCCAGUUUGCAGGAAUCAGAUUGAUGAUGUGUUAAUCCAUUUAGAAACGGGUAAAUUAUCUGAAGUUGUUACCAAAAACUGACUGUCUGACGCCUUUAAACUUCUCUUUUUGCACUCAGAUCUCCUAAUCUACGCUACUCUGAUCAAACCCACCUUUGGUGGUCUAACAGACGUCCAGCCCGUCUUAUCCGCUUUGUGGCUCCUUUAUUAGACUCUUCACUGCACUUUAACCACCUCAGCUUGUAAUCCUCAUUGUUUCCUUCUUCCCUUUGGAGCAGGAGAGAUCCAUCCCUGUAAUUAAAGCAGAUCUGUAACAGAAAGGCGCAAAAUCCGGAUGAUUGAGCCAAAAUAAUUCAAGAUAAAAUGAAAACGUCUAAAAAUGGAGACGACAGCACUUGUAAGAGCUUUUCUAACCUUUUCUUAAUUAUAAUUGAAUCCAAGUGACGGGUAGACCGCAGGUUUUAUUGUACAUACUCUACUGGAAUGUAAGCAGGCGAGAUUUUUGUUUUUUCCUGCAGUUUUUGGUCAUUGGGGGGCUCUGGGAUGAGGUGGGUCUUUUGGGGGGGAGAAGUUUGACUUGUUUGCUCCUUUUUUGUUUGUUUUCUUGUCCCGCUUGCAGAAGCACCACACAACACAACCUAAAGCUUUCACCACAUAUCUGAGGUAAACGAGUUCAAGUGCUUUUAAAGUUUAUUCCAAUGGCUUUCAGGUGUGCCACUCUGUAUCUGUUAGAAGGUUAAACUAUUUUAUGGAGGAUAAAAAUGCCAAAAGGGGUUAUUUGUAUGAAGGAAUAUAUAAAUUUAUAUAUAUAUUAUAUUUAAUAUAUUAGAUGAUGCAUAGUUUAAGGUUAUGUUAGAGGCUUUUUUGCACUAGUUGAAUGUUUCUGUGAUUAAAUGUUAGCUGGAGUUUGUCGAAAAAGCAGAUUAUUUUUGCAGAGCAACAUCACUGAUUUCAUUUCCUGGUUUCUACUGUAUCUCCUCUUUGUUUUCUAUUUGAAUUGUAGUUCAUCAGCAGACAUUGUGUGUGUUUUUUGUAUUUAUAUUGUACUGUUGGACUUAUAGCAAUGAAAAUACUGUUGUAAUCCAGCUCCUUUAAUACUGUUUUAUAGUCUGUGUAUCAAUAAAUCCAGGUGUAAAAUGA